UUUCGGAAGUUCCACUAUCGAUAAUUCGGUGGUUUCCGCCCCCUUGGAGAUCCCACCCUGUGUCCUUGUCCAGGUCUGACAUAUCGAAUUUUUGACCCCCAUCAACCCCACUAGUCACGGGUGAGAAGAGGCGAGAUGGCAGACAAGCAUGGCGAGGAACCCUCGUACAUCGACUACGAGACGUUUCUGGAUCCGUCCUUUUCGGCCACGUCAUUUGCGAACUCGCUGGUGUUGGCGACGAACAAUCCGUCGGACACACCCUUGGACCUGUCAACGCCGUUGUCGCGCGUGCUUUUCGACGUCCAGGAGAUCGACACGCACAUCGACUCGCUGACGACCAAGUCGGCGUUGCCGUUGCUGUCGUACACAAAGGAUCGAUCCGAAGCGGCCGAGAAGAUCCUCGACGAGGUCGAGGGUCAGGUGAAGAGCCUAAGUGAAAGUUACCGCGUCCUCGAACGGGAGGUCUUAGAGCGUUAUGACGCAGCCGAUCAGGUACGACUGGUUGCUGAGAGGCUGUGUGAAACGGUGAGGUUGGGGCGGGCUGUGGGUAGAUGCUUGAUGCUCGGAAGGCAGUUGGAGGCUCAGAUAGGCGAGGUUAACGGUGUGGCCGGAAAGAAGGGAGACAUCCGGGCAAUGGUACGAUGUGCCAACUCGCUGCUGUCUUUGCGACAGUUGUUCGCUGCAAACGAGCCUGGCGAAGAAGGACACGGUCUGGAAAAGGUGCACGUAAUCACUACGCUGCGGAAGGACUUGGUCCAACCGGCAGAGAGGAAUAUGAUUGCCAAGGCACAACAAGUGGUCAGAGAAUUCUCCAUGUCUAGUCUUCUGGCUGGAACACAGACAUCGGGUACGGCAACGUCUGCGUUCCAACAAGCGGAGGAAACGAGGAGCCGGGCUACGAGCGGGCUGUUGACGCUGUAUUUGCUGUCUCCAACCACAAAAACCACGACGGCGAAGACCUUUGAACCAAAGUUGCUGAUUGCAGCCUUGCAAGACUACCUACAGACGGCGAUAAAGUCGUCACUGGCCUCGCUUGCAAGAUCACUUGCCACACUGCCUACUCUUGAUCGGACUCUGCUCGAGAUCUCCUCACGGUGUCAGAAUCUCGUCGCUCUCGAAGCAUUGCUAGAGAGCAUCAAACCACCUCCUCACCCUCUUUUCCAGUCACCAUCAGACGAUGGCGUGGCGCCAAAUUUCCUGGAGCCGCUCUUGACAUCGCUGGAUACAGCUUCCCUGCCGAGCUAUUUCUGGCGGACGCUCGCAUCCAAUUUACCGCCGCGUGUGCAAGAAAUCUUGAACAGAGGGGGGGUGUCCGCACGCACGCUCAGGACCAACAAGGACCAGGUGAGGGACAAGUUGAGAAAGUGCGUUGAUCAAGGCAGCCAGCUGCCCAACGGAGUAAACCUUGGGAAAGGCAAGAUUGUAAGCUGGGAAAGGGAGGCGGCCGUCAUGGUGGGCGCAAUUACGGGAGUCCUAGGAAGAUGAAUGAAGUCUUAUCCAUUCAAAGCCGAAACCCUCCCUCCAAACUGAAGAUCCCAAAAGGACGGGUGGUUUGAAAUCCAUAGAGCCGCCUCGGACGGCGGCGGGCUCGAACGAGCCGCUUGGCAAAUGCUCACCUAUAUAGACGAGUACGUUCACACAUAUCCAGCACGAAACGGGCCGGUGGCUCAGAGGGCCACGCGAUGCGGCUUAUGGGACGCCUCUCGCGCCAACGAACCUACGUAAACCGAUCGGAUCGAAACAGAGACCUCCCAUAGGAACGAAUACUUAUACACACACACAUAUAUAUAUAUAUCACAUAACCUCUUUUUUUCUCGCCUCUCUCCUUGUGACUGUGAGGCGGCAUGUUGACCUCAUAACAAUCAAAUCUUCGCCGACGCGGGAUGCUUACUCUUUUUUAUUCUUUGAAGGCGAGGCCAAGGAUUACGGUUGUGAUCAGGCUGAAGCCAUAGGAGUGCUUGCUGUAGGAAAUAUGUAACUUUUCCUCUUCAUGUCAUG